AUGGCUAAGGCUAAAGGUAAGAAGAAUGGGUCGCUUACGAACUCUCUUGAGAAUAAGCUAACUGAUCUUAUUUAUAGGAUGUUGGAAGAGAAGACCUUAGAAAAACAAAGGCAACUCCGGAGUCAAGCGGAUAGUUCCCAAGAAGAUGAAGAAAUGGACAUCAUGGAUGCUACAUGCUUUGCGAAGGAUUUGGUUCCUGGCGAGAUUUUUACCUAUGUUUUAUCAAAGGACUUGUCAUUGCAAAGAGUAAAGAAAGUGCCAUUGCAAAAAACGAUAGAGAAAGUAUUGAAAGCUAUAGUCGAGGAUGAAAUGGAGGAACUGCAAGAAAUGCCAGGAUAUGUGGAAGAUACACCUGUUAUGGACGAGGGUGAUGUAUUGGCAGAAAAGAAUUUGAUGAUUGCUCCAGAGACCAACGAUAUGAACAAAAGUAUAGUCAGUCAAUGGGAAACCAAAUCAGAGACACCUGCCGCAGAUGUUGGAAAUGGUGAAACUGACCAAGAGACUAAGACUAGGAAACGUUCCAAGGAAUCAUCUCAAAAAUCAAAACGUCAAAAGAUCAAGGAGGAUAGAUCACCACCAACAUCGUCGUUAAGUGCUCUUGGUGGUAUGGAUGACGUUAUUGCGCAACUGAUGGAAUUAAUAGGAUUGCCGAUAUUGCAUCCUGAAAUAUAUUUAUCAACAGGUGUUGAACCUCCUAGAGGUGUUCUUCUUCAUGGCCCUCCUGGUUGUGGUAAAACCUCCAUAGCAAAUGCAUUAGCAGGAGAGUUGCAAGUGCCAUUUAUUUCAAUUUCUGCACCUUCUGUGGUUAGUGGUAUGUCAGGUGAAAGUGAAAAGAAGAUUAGGGAGCUAUUCGAUGAAGCAAAAUCUCUAGCUCCUUGUUUGAUGUUUUUUGAUGAAAUUGAUGCCAUUACCCCAAAGCGUGAUGGAGGUGCUCAAAGGGAGAUGGAAAGAAGAAUUGUUGCUCAACUAUUAACUUCUAUGGAUGAGUUAACCUUAAGCAACACUAAUGGUAAGCCAGUUAUAGUUAUAGGUGCUACAAAUAGACCUGACUCGUUGGAUGCUGCUUUGAGAAGAGCAGGUAGAUUUGAUAGGGAAAUUUGCCUAAAUGUACCAAAUGAAAUUUCGAGGUUACACAUAUUAAAGAAGAUGGCAGGAAAACUAAAAAUAGAUGGUGAAAUUGAUUUCCAUAAGUUGGCCAAGUUGACACCCGGUUUUGUUGGUGCCGACUUGAAAGCAUUGACUACUGCUGCUGGUACUUGUGCAAUAAAAAGAAUCUUUGAGACAUAUGCUUCGAUAGUACCAAACAUCGAAGCGGUAGAAGACAUGGAUGUGGAUAAGAAUAAAUUAGAUUCUGUAGAGGGCAACUCGCAAAAAGAUUCUGACUCUGAGAUCAAUCUAAAAAAUACAGCAAAUAUGAUUGAUCCUCUCCCACUCUCAGUAAUACAAAGGUUCAUUCACAAUUAUCCUGAUCCACUAAACGAUGAUCAAUUAAACCAACUGACUAUUAAAUAUGAAGAUUUUUUAAAGGCUCUACCUACCAUUCAGCCUACAGCCAAGAGAGAAGGUUUUGCUACUGUGCCAGACGUCACUUGGUCCAAUGUUGGUGCACUACAAAAGGUAAGGAUUGAAUUAAAUAUGGCUAUUGUCCAACCCAUUAAGAGGCCAGAGCUUUAUGAAAAAGUUGGUAUUAGUGCUCCAGGUGGUGUUUUAUUAUGGGGACCUCCAGGUUGUGGUAAGACUCUUCUUGCAAAGGCCGUUGCUAAUGAAUCUAGAGCAAAUUUCAUUUCUAUUAAAGGGCCAGAAUUACUUAAUAAAUAUGUAGGUGAGUCCGAAAGAGCAAUUAGACAGGUUUUCACAAGAGCGCGUGCAUCUGUUCCGUGUGUUAUAUUUUUUGAUGAAUUGGAUGCCUUGGUACCGAGAAGAGAUACUUCAAUGUCCGAAUCCUCAUCAAGAGUGGUCAAUACAUUAUUAACUGAACUAGAUGGUCUAAAUGAUAGGCAUGGUAUAUUUGUUGUGGGUGCUACAAAUAGACCAGAUAUGAUAGAUCCUGCCAUGUUAAGACCCGGAAGACUUGAUAAGACUUUGUUUAUUGAAUUGCCAAAUGAACAAGAAAAAUUUGAUAUAAUAAGGACUCUCACGAUAUCCAAUGGUACUCCAUUGUCAAAAGAUGUUGACUUGAAGGAAAUAGUUGCGGAUGAACGUUGCAGAAAUUUUUCGGGUGCUGAUUUGGCUGCUUUAGUUCGUGAAAGUUCCGUAUUGGCAUUGAAACGUAAUUUUUUCAAGUCAGAAGAGAUUCAGUCAGUAGGAGAUAAUGAUUUGGACAAAGAAUUCGAAGACCUGAGUGUCGGUAUUUCUAGUGAUGAAGUUAUUGUUACUCCUGCCGAUUUUAAAGUUGCUCUGAAUAAGAUAAAGCCAUCCGUUAGUGAUAAAGAUAGGCUAAAAUAUGAUAGACUAAAUAAAAAAAUGGGCUGGAACGAUGAAGUCCCAACUCCAAACGAUGCUUAA